AUGGCAGUUAUCUUCUCUGCAGUCGAUGCAUCCCCUCAACGUCACCACCACCACAGUGGUCAACCCCAUGGCACCGGCGUGCCAUCCAACUUCCCUUCAGGCGCUGCUGGCCCCUCAGGAGGCCCACAUGGUGGCGGUCCUGGAGGGAGGAAUGGUACUAGGAGCGGUCAUCCUGAGUUCUCGGGCCCGGCUCCCACGGGAAGUAUAGAAGCUCAGGAGACUGGAAGUCCAUUCGGCGGCUUCAACUCUGAUCUGCCGUCUGGCUUUCCUUCCGGUUUCCCAGGCUUCCCGUCUGGCGGUUCUCGCCCGACUGGCAGGCCUUUACCUCCCGCAAAUGGCACUGAUAGUCCUGGAUUCCCAUCCGGGCCAGCAGCUACGGGCGGGCUUCCAACACCUCCAUCUGCUGGCAUCCCAACUGCUCUUCCCACCGAAGUCUCUGGAGUACCGUCAGUCUCAUUCGCUUUCCCAUCUUCGGUUGAAGGCAACAUUGCCGCUGCCGCAGAGUCCACGACCAAGACCAAGACCAAAUCCGCAAAAACCAAGUCCGCAAAAUCCUCAAAGGCUACCAAGGCUGCAUCUGUAACUGCCUCUGUAAAUCCUUCUACGGCUGCAUCUACCUUCGUUCCCGCAAGCGGCGCCGCCACUACAACCUUCCCAGAAGCCGCCGGAUCUAGCUCUCUCAGCGAGCCCAUGAAGGUCUCAGGCACCUUCGAUGGGAAAAUGGUUCGCUUCGAUCGUGGUACUGCCUGUUCUGGACAAUCUGAAGGUGGUGACUCUGAUGCAGUUUUCCAAGUUGAAGAAGGUGGAACACUUAAGAACGUCAUUAUUGGUGCUGAUCAGUCCGAGGGCGUCCACUGCAUGGGCGCUUGCACUAUCGAAAACGUCUGGUGGGAAGCUGUGUGCGAGGAUGCUCUUACCAUUAAACAAACAUCUGGCGUCUCUUAUGUCAUUGGAGGUGGAGCUAAGGGAGCGGAAGACAAAGUCAUCCAACACAACGGCGGUGGCACCGUUUCGAUCUCCGGCUUCUAUGUCUCCGACUUUGGCAAACUCUACCGCUCAUGCGGAAACUGCGAUACGAUGUACGAACGCCAUGUUAUUGUCGACAACGUUGUUGCAGACUCUGGAAAGCUGCUUGUCGGCAUCAACUCCAACUACGGCGACACGGCUACCAUUACUAACAGCUGUGUCUCCAACACUAAGGCUAUCUGUACCGAAUUCGAAGGUAAUGAUACAGGUGAUGAGCCAACGGAGAUUAGCACCGGCAUCAGUGAUGCAUGUAUCUACACUGAUGCCGAUACGACUACUUGCUAG